AUGGCGGCGCCCACGGUGGACGGUCCCCCCGGGACCCCUCAGGACGCGGCCCCGGCGGAGCCCGAGGAGGAGGAGGAGCUCGAUUUCCCCCAGUACGAGCUGGGCCGCCCCCCCCGCCCAGUUUGGGGGGCGCGGGAGGAAUUCGCGAAGCGCCCCGAGAAUUACCUGCGAGGCUGCAAAUGGGCCCCCGACGGCUCCUGCAUCCUCACCUGCAGCAACGACAACGCCCUGAGGAUCUUCAACCUCCCCCUCCCCCCGGGACCCCCCCCGGGGGCGCCCCUCCCCCAAAUGCUCCCGGCCGUGCACGUGGCCGAAGGUGACACCAUCUACGACUUCACCUGGUACCCCCUGAUGGACUCCAGCGACCCCCCCAGCUGCCUGGUGGCCACCAGCAGCCGGGACAGCCCCGUGCACCUCUGGGACGCCUUCGAUGGGAGCCUGCGGGGGUCGUUCCGUGCCCACAACCACCUGGACGAGCCCGUGGCCCCCCACUCCUUGGCCUUCACCCCCGAUGGUUCCCGGCUCCUCGGGGGCUUCGACGGCGCCGUCCGCGAGUUCCCGACCGAGCGGCCGGGCCGGGGCGGCCUCCAGAGGAGCCUGCACCAGGGCAGCCAUGGCCAGCGAGGACUGAUUGGCUGCCUGGCCUUCAGCCCCAGCCAAUCGCUGUUUGCCUGCGGCUCCUAUGGGCGGAGCCUGGGGCUGUACCCGCUGGAAGGGGGUGGAGCUGUGGCACUCUGGCCCCGCCUCCCGGCCGCGCCCACUCACCUGCGCUUCAGCCCCUGCGGGACUCACCUGUACGCCGGCGGGAGGAAGGACCGCCACAUCCUGUGCUGGGACCUUCGUGUCCCCGAGCGUCCCCUCCUGGCGCUGCCACGGCGCGUGGCCACCAACCAGCGCGUGACCUUUGACCUCGACCCGUCGGGGCGGUUCCUGGUCAGCGGUGACACCGACGGCUUUGUCACCGUCUGGGACACACUGGCCCCCCCCGGCCAGGGGAACCCCCCCGAGCUGCCCCCCCUGUUCCGCUUCCGCGCCCUCCGCGACUGCGUCAACGGCACCAGCCUGCACCCCGCGCUGCCGCUCCUGGCCACGGCCUCGGGCCAGCGCCUGUUCCCGGCGCCGUGGGACAGCGACAGUGACAGCGAGGGGACACAGGAGGGGCCGGCGCCGGGAGGGGACAUCCGGCUGCAGCUCUGGUGGUGGGGACACGAGGACACCCCCAGGGACACCCCCGGGGACACCCCCGGGGACAGCGGGAUCGGAGAUUGUCACCUCAGCGGGGACACUGAGUGUCACAUCCCUGGGGACAGCGGGAUCGGAGAUUGUCACCUCCACGGAGACACUGAUUGUCACCUCCCUGGGGACACUGACUGUCACCUCCCUGGGGACAUCAGGACUGAUGACUGGCACCUCCCUGGGGUCGUUGGGACUGGCGAUUGUCACAUCCCUGGGGACACUGAUUGUCGCCUCCCUGGGGACAUUAGGACUGGAGAUUGUCACCUCCCCAGGGGACACUGAGUGUCACCUCUCCAGGACACUGGGACUGGAGAUUGUCACCUCUCUGAGGACGCCUGGACCAGCCAUUGUCACCUCCCUGGGGACACUGUGACCAUUGACUGUCAUCUCCCUGGGAACAGCGGGACUGGAAAUUGUCACCUCCCCGGGGACACCAAUUGUCACUCCCUUGGGGACAACAGCUGUGACACUCUCAGAGACACUGGGGGCCACCCCACCUCUGGGGACGCUGAUUGUCACCGACCCCAAGGACAGUGACUGUCACCUUUGGGGACCACAACUGUCACCCUUGGGGACCCCUGGAGGGUCACAGCCCCCCUGAAGACCCCAAAUGUCACACUGGGGACCCCAAAUGUCACCCAGUGUCACCCUGGGGACCCGUGGAGGGUCACAGCCCCCCUGGGGACCCCAAAUGUCCCCCCCAGGCCUCGGUUGUACUAAAGGCAUUGUGACUGUCACCCCCUGUCACCCCUGUGGGCUGUCACGGGUGGGGGUGUGGCCAGACCUGCCCCGCCCCCACACCCCAAACCCCCCCAGGUGCCCCAAAAUCUUCCCACCCCCAUGGUGGUCC